AGUAGAUGUCGCUGCAAUCGGCAUCUUGGGAGUCAUUUUUCUUGCAUAUCGUCCGACUCUCGAUUGUAACACAAAUCUGGCUUGGUGGAUUGCAAAUUUUUGAGAGACUGUUUUUUUUAAUCUUGUUUUCCCACACAAUACACAUUUUUUUUGGCCCGAGGGAAAACACAACUGUGAAAUUGCAUUGUUUUCGGUGGAGAAAAGUGUCUUUUUUUUUAAAUCUUUAGUGACGUGUUGUACACGGAAAAAUUGCAGGAAUCUUGUGUGGGCAUUUCGGUGAAGGAAGAAAUUGAGGAAUUUUACCUUCUUUUUUUUUUUGUUGGUUGAAUUGUAAGUUGGAUGGGUUGAGAAGUUAAUCUUUUUUUUUUGUUGAGCGAGGGAAAAAAAAGAAAAAUAAAGGAAAAGUGCAGAGAGAAAUAUUUAAUUUUUACUUUUUAUUAUUGAAAAAUUUUUCUUUUGUGUGUAUUUUCUCAUGUGUGUGAGUGAGAGGGAAAUAGUGUGAAAAAUUUUGUUUUUUUUCUGGUGGAAAGAAAAGAAAAUUGGCCAGAAGGAAAGAAAAGUGCACAGAAAAAGCCUCUUACAACAAAAAGAACAUUUUAAAAAUUAAAGAAAAGACAGUUAAAAAACAAUAAAAAGUCUCAGUGAAAUUGUGUGAUUACUGUUUUUCCAUCACGGAAUUAUCAGUGAAGAAAAUUCCCGGGAGAAAAAGGAGAGGGCGUUGCAGUGAGGAAGAAGGCCUAACCAAAGGGAUGGUGGUGACUUUUGAGUCACCAUGGAGUGUCAGAGACGCCACAGAGAGGCUCCAUCCGAUCAGCCAAAGUGCCCAAAAACUGCUCUAAAGUGUUGAAGAAGAAGAAGAAGAAGAAGAAGAAGAAGAAGAAGGAGGAAAAAGCAAACACAUCGCCACAGAGAAAAGAAAAAAAAAACCGGGGAAAGUGUCUUUGUUUUUUUUUUUCUUCGUGAAAAUGUAGAAUUAGGUAGUUUAUUUUUUGGUCGGAAUUUUGUUACUUUUUUUGUGGCUAGACCAAGAGAGAGAGAGAGAGAGAGAGAGAGUGGGUAGGAGUGUGAUAGAAGAGAAAAAAAAAGAAUAAGAACUGAGAAGAGGAAAGGUGGCUUAGGAGCCAAGAAAAAAAGGGUGAAGGAAAAAAGGCGCGGGAAAAGGAAGAAAUGGCCGGUGUGGAUUGUAUGGUGAUAUUGAUGGUGGUGACAUCUGUUGGUGCUGCCCUAACCCCAGCAGCAUCUGUUCCACGUUCCACAAUCCCAGGCGAUGGCGGCGGGGGUGCCAGUGGACAGAAUCACACAAUAACCCAUCGACAGAUAUUUGGAACACGUCUGAAGCAUUUGGUUGUGGAUAGAAAUACAGGAAGGGUAUUUGUUGGUGGUGUCAAUCAAUUGCAUCAAUUGAGUCCGGAUUUGGAGAUUGUGGCAACGGCUAAUACAGGACCACGCAAUGAUUCCUACGAAUGUACCCUCCUCGAAUGUCCAACGGAUACAGUUCGUGAGCUAACGGACAAUGUCAAUAAGGUUCUUCUGAUUGAUUACAGCACAAGUCGACUGAUCAGUUGUGGUAGUAUUUAUCAGGGUGUUUGUGAGGUUAGGAGUUUGCAGAAUGUCACAGAAAUUGAGCAGGAAGUACAGGAUGCCGUUGUGGCAAACAAUGAAAAUGCCACAACUGUUGCCUUCAUAGCUCCCGGACCACCGGAUCCACCGGCAUCGCAUGUCAUGUACGUGGGUGUCACCUUCACGGGAAACAGUCCCUAUCGCAGUGAAAUACCCACCGUAGCAUCGAGAUCACUCGACAAGGCUAGAAUGUUUCAGAUUGCUUCAUCGGCUGUCACAACGGGAACGAGAAUCUUCAUCAAUAGCUUCUCACGGGAAUCCUAUCUCGUGAACUAUGUCUAUGGAUUCAGUUCUGAGCGAUUUUCCUACUUUUUAACCACCCAAUUGAAGCACAAUAGUCAUUCGGCACCGCGUGAGUACAUCAGUAAAUUGGUUAGAAUCUGUCAAGAUGACAGUAACUACUACAGUUACACCGAAAUACCAAUUGAUUGUAUAAGUGAAGCUGCUGGUGGUACAAAGUACAAUUUAAUCCAAGCUGCAUUUGUUGGCAAACCCGGAUCAGAUUUGGCAGAAAAUCUAUCAAUAACGCAACAGGAUGAUGUCCUAUUUGCUGUUUUUAGUGUUGGCAAUGGCAAUAGAACGACAAAUCGUAGUGCCCUAUGUGUUUAUUCAUUGAAGGCCAUUCGGAGAAAAUUUAUGCAAAAUAUUAAAGCAUGCUUCAAUGGUAAUGGACCACGAGGAUUGGAUUUUAUAUCGCCAAAUAUGCAAUGUGUUCCGACUAAAUUGCAGACAAUUAGUGAAGAUUUUUGUGGAUUGGACGUUAAUUCGCCAUUGGGCGGAGAACAACCAAUUGCAGCGAUACCUGUUGCACUAUUUGCAACACCAUUGACAGCUGUAGCGGCCACGAGAACUAGUGGCUACACAGUUGUUUUCAUUGGAACAGCUCGGGGGCAUCUCAAAAAGGUUGUAGUUGAAUCAGCAACGGCCGCCAUUGAAUAUGCUGAUAUUGUUGUUGAUGAGGGUAAUCCUGUAAAUCCUGAUAUGCAUUUUGAUACACAUCAAAUGAACAUUUAUGUCAUGACAACAAAACGCAUUUCAAAGGUUCGAGUAAAUGAUUGUACCAUCUAUGAGACAUGUGGUGAAUGUUUAGGUGCUAGGGAUCCCUACUGUGGAUGGUGUUCGCUGGAAAAUAAAUGUAGUCUUCGUAGUAAUUGUCAAGAUGAUACAAAUGAUCCAUUAUUUUGGGUAAGUUACAAAACGGGCAAAUGUACAACAAUAACAGCUGUAAUGCCACAUCAAUUGCAACGUACAACAGCACGUACCCUUGAAUUGGUAAUUGAUCAUUUGCCAGCACUUAAAGAACAUUUAGUAUGUGCAUUUACAAUAACCGAUAAGGUUCUCCUGACAAAUGCCACAAGAAAGAGAAAUGGUGUCAAUUGUACAACACCAAGAACAGAUUUACUGCCACAAAUUCAACCAGGACGUCAUCAUUUUACCUCAAGAUUAUCCGUUAGAACGGCUACAGGACCUGAUUUAGUUACAACAAAUUUUACAUUUUUUGACUGUAGCACUCAUUUAUCCUGUACCCAAUGUGUAUCAUCACAAUUCCCAUGUGAUUGGUGUGUUGAGGCACAUCGAUGUACCCAUGAUACAGCAGAAAAUUGUCGUAAUGACAUCUUAGUGACGGGUGUCAGUCGUGCUGGACCCAGUUACAGAUCAGGACCAACAUUCUGUCCAACAAUCAAUGCAACGGGCGAUGGUAGUGAAAUUCUUGUAGCAGCAGGAAGUAAAAAGAGUAUCAAGGUUAAGGUUCACAUCAUUGGACAAUUUAUCGUUCAGACACGUUUUGUCUGUCAGUUUAACAUUGAAGGACGUGUAACGAGUGUCAAUGCCCAAUUGCUAGGUGAUACAAUCUACUGUGAUCCAAUGGAAUUCAUCUAUACGUCGAGAUCACCAAAUUUAACGGCAACAUUUGCAGUGAUUUGGGGCGGUUCGAAACCAUUGGAUAAUCCACACAAUAUCCACAUUGUAAUCUACAGAUGUCGUGACAUGUCUGACAGCUGUGGAAUGUGUCUGGCACUAGCUGAAAAAUUCUCCUGUGGUUGGUGUUCAUCUAGCAAUAGUUGUGAAGUUGAGGAACAGUGCAAUAAGCAGAGUGAGGGAAAAGUUGAUUGGUUAAAUCGUGCCCAAACAUGUCCAAAUCCAGAAAUUCAUAGUUUUGAACCACGUACCGGACCAUGGGAAGGUGGUACAAAUAUAACAAUUCGUGGUAUAAAUUUAGGAAAGAAUUUCAGUGAUAUAUACAGUGGUGUUAAGAUAGCUGGUAUCAAUUGUAUGCCAUAUGCUGAUCUCUAUAUUGAUACAAAACAAAUUGUCUGUACAGUUGAUAGUCCUGGUGUUCAGGCAUAUCGUCAUGGACGUAUUGUUGUUCAAAUCAGUGAUUAUCGUGGUGAAUCAAAUACCGAUUAUGAAUUUGUUGAUCCCCGUAUUGAUGAUUUUCAACCGAAAUUUGGUCCAUUGAGUGGUGGGACAAAAGUAACAAUUUUUGGUAAAUAUCUAAAUGCUGGCAGCAAUAUAACAGCAACAAUUGACACACUACCAUGUGAAAUACUGUCAGCUGAUGAAAAUCAAGCACUGUGUCGUACAUCACCGGUUAAAAAUGGCGUCAGAGGUGGUAAAUUGCGUAUGAUGUUUGACAAUGGUGGACGUGAAUUUCUAGGUGAUGAAUUUGAAUAUGUGGCAGAUCCGGUGAUUGAGUACGUAACAAGUGGUCCAAGUGGACAAUUAAAAGUACCAAAAGGUAUUCCAGCCGGUGGUAUUAAAAUAACAGUUAUUGGUGAUCAUUUUGGUAGUAUACAGAAGCCCCAAAUGUAUGUAUACUUCGAUGGUAAGAUGUUUGUAUCACUGUGUGAUACAGUAACAGAUACCGAAAUGAUAUGCGAUAGUCCAUCAAUUGAUGCUGAUGCAACAGCAUUGGAUGCCGAUCGACCGAUGCUACUAGAAUAUGGCUUUCACAUGGAUGAUGUUGCCAAUGUACAGAAUCUAUCACAGCGCAAUAAUCACUUUGAAUUGUAUCCAAAUCCUGAAUAUGCACCAUUUGAGGAAAAUGUCAAAUACUACAAAAGUGAAUAUUUAACGAUAAAUGGACGUAAUUUGGAUCGAGCAUGCAAGGAGAGUGAUGUAAUUGUUAUGAUUGGAAAUGGAAUGUGCAAUAUUACAUCGCUAUCACGUCAACAAUUAACAUGCAGGCCACCAAUUGAAGCAACUGACACCGAAGCACCACAAGUAAUUGUUCGUGUUGGUCACAAUUUACAUUUUCACAUUGGUAUCCUAUCCUAUGCCUCACCGAAUUUUAUUCAUGGUUUCACCAAAAAUAUUUUAGUAGUUGUUGGUGCCAUUGUUGCAAUUGUUUUGGUGAUAUUUGUGGGACUUGUUGUGGCAUACAGAAAGAAAACCAGUGAGAGCAAUCGUGUGUUGAAAAAUAUGCAAGAACAAAUGGAUAUAUUGGAAUUGAGAGUUGCAGCUGAAUGUAAGGAAGCAUUUGCUGAACUUCAGACCGAAAUGACUGAUUUAACGGGUGAUCUAACAUCUGGUGGUAUACCAUUCCUCGAUUAUCGUACCUAUGCCAUGAAAAUUCUCUUUCCAAAUCACGAUGAUCAUGGUGUAUUGCAAUGGGAGAGAUCGGAAUUGUUGCGCAAAGAAAAGGGUUUGAGACUAUUUGGGCAGUUAAUUAUGAAUAAAACAUUCCUUCUACUCUUUAUACGGACACUCGAGAGCAAUAGAUACUUCUCAAUGCGAGAACGUGUCAAUGUUGCCAGCCUAAUAAUGGUGACAUUGCAGAGUAAAUUGGAAUAUUGUACGGAUAUUCUCAAGACACUGUUAGCUGAAUUAAUUGAAAAGUGCAUCGAUGGAAAGAGUCAUCCGAAAUUGUUGCUACGUCGAACGGAAUCUGUGGCUGAAAAGAUGCUCAGUGCCUGGUUCACAUUUCUCCUGUAUAAAUUCCUCAAGGAAUGUGCCGGAGAACCACUUUAUAUGCUAUUUCGUGCUGUUAAAGGUCAAGUGGACAAGGGACCAGUUGAUGCAAUCACCCAUGAAGCUAGGUAUUCCCUGAGUGAGGAAAAGCUCAUACGUCAACUGAUAGAAUUCAAAUCAAUGACAGUUUAUGCCAGUAUGACACAACAACCAAUUUUCUGCAAUAAUGUAGAAAUGAUGCCAACAAAUACAGAAAAUGUCCCAGUUAAGGUACUCGAUUGCGACACAAUUGGCCAGGUGAAGGAAAAAUGCCUGGAUACCAUCUACAGGAAUACACAGUGGAGCCAGAGGCCACGGAGGGAUGAUUUAGAUCUCGAAUGGCGAACAGGUACUUCGGGUCGUGUAAUUCUGUAUGAUGAGGAUUCAACUUCAAAAGUUGAGAGUGAAUGGAAAAAACUCAAUACACUCCAUCACUAUCGUGUACCAGAUGGUGCAUGGUUGAGUUUAGUACCAAAACAGAGUAGUAUCUACAAUCUGUCAAUUCUAUCGGAGAAGAAUGACAAAUCGCACAAAUAUGAAACGCUAAAUUUAUCAAAAUAUGCCUCAUCAUCGCCACCAUUCAGUCGUGCCGGUAGUCCAUUGAACAAUGAUAGUCAGGAGAAUGGACUGAAGUAUUGGCAUUUGGUGAAGCAUCAUGAUACCGAUGUCCAGAAAGAGGGUGAACGUGUCAAUAAAAUGGUCAGUGAAAUCUAUCUAACACGUCUACUGGCCACUAAAGGUACCCUCCAGAAAUUCGUUGAUGAUCUCUUUGAGACAAUCUUCAGUACGGCCCAUCGAGGAUCAGCCCUACCACUUGCCAUCAAAUACAUGUUUGACUUUCUCGAUGAUCAGGCCAUACUCAAUGGUAUAACUGAUCCAGAAGUUGUUCAUACGUGGAAAAGUAACAGUUUACCAUUGAGAUUUUGGGUGAAUCUCAUUAAAAAUCCUAAUUUUGUCUUUGACAUUCACAAAUCAAAUAUCGUGGAUUCUUGUUUGUCUGUCGUAGCGCAGACAUUUAUGGAUUCCUGUUCAACUUCUGAUCAUCGACUUGGAAAGGAUUCUCCCAGUUCCAAGUUACUCUACGCCAAAGACAUUCCAUCGUAUCGUGAGUGGGUGGAGAGAUAUUAUGAGGAUAUAAAGAAUAUGCCAGCUAUUUCCGAUCAGGAUAUGAAUGCCAUGCUAGCAGAAGAGUCCAGGCUGCAUACAACGGAGUUCAACACAAAUUGUGCCCUCCAUGAACUCUACACUUACGCUGUGAAAUACAACGAGCAAUUAACGGUGACAUUGGAAGAGGAUGAAUUCUCCCAAAAACAGAGACUUGCCUACAAACUUGAGCAAGUGCACAAUAUUAUGUCGUCAGAGUAAAUGAGGUAAAAAAAUUUUCUUCUUUUCUCUUUUUUUAUUUUCUUAUUGUCACUCUCUAUAAACUCUUUUAAAAAAAUUUUUUAAAAUAUUCAAAAAAGAGGAAAAAAAACAAAAAAACUUUAUUUUUUCAAUUUUUUCUUUGUUUUUUUUUUUUUAAAUUUUUUUUUAAAAAAAAAGAAAUCUUCCUAUUGUCACAUUCUUUAGUCCAAUCAAUUUCUUUUUUUCUUUUUUUUUUUGCAAAGUCCAAGUUUUAUUACAUUUUUUACAUGUGUAACAUUUGUUGUAAAAAAAAAAAUAAAGAAAUAAAAGAAAAAAAGAAAUUUAAUAAAAGAAUAUAUAUAUAUAAUAUAUUUAAAAACAAAACAAAAAAAAGAGAAAAUAAAAACAAUGAGUGAGAUUAGCAAUUAACCACAUUCCCUGUUUCUAUUUUAAAAAGAUAAAAAAAUGCCAUAAUUUUCUGUGUUUUUUUUUAAAUCAAUUUUUUAAAAUUACGCAUUGACAGCUGUCACUUGCAUCUGUCAGUUAACUGUCAAGAUUUUGAAAAUAAAAAGAAUGUAAAGUAAUUUUCUUUUCACGAAUUUGUGCUCAGACAAAUCCCCCCAAAAAAAUAAAAACAAAAAGGAAAUUUGACCGCAGAAAAGUAAAUAAAUAAAUUUGAAAAAAAAAUGAAAAAUAAAAUACAAAAAUAGAAAUAAACAAAACGAAAAAAAACAAGUGAAAAAAAAUCAGUGUGUGGAUGUGUUUAUUUAAAAAAGAAAAAAACCAGAAAAAAGUCAGUGUCGUUGCUGGAAUGUAGCUUAAAAAAAAUCCAAAAAAAAACAAAAAAAUAAAUAAAAAAAAAACAAGAGAAUUUAUUGAGAAGAAACAGAAGGAAAACUUUGAAGUUUUUAAAGUAAAAACAAAAUUGUAAAAAGGCAAAAAAAAGAAGCAUUUUAUGAAAAAAGAAUAAAGCAAAAUAAAAUGAAUCUCUCCAGAGAAGCGUGAAUUAAAAAACAAAAAAAUAGGAAGAAAUUUUGAAAAGAAAAAUAAUACAAAAAAAUCAAGCAGCAAAAAAUAUCAAUAUUUCUUUUUUUUUUUUAUCUAAAAAAAUAAAAAAAAGAAAAAGAAAAACCCUGCACGAAAACAACAAUUAUCAAUGUAUCAGUGUGAUUUUUUUUUGGGUUUUUAGAUCAAAAACAAAACAAAAAAAAAAACAAAAAACAAAAAUAAAUAAAUCAAGUAGAAUUUUUAGAAGUAUUCCCCUUCUUGCCCCAAAAAAACGCAAAAAAAAAACAAAAGAAACAAAUUUAGUAACGUGAAAAAAAAUCCCAAAUAAAAAUUGCUUCAGAAGCCACACCGAUUUCUAUCUUUUAAAAAUUAAAAAAAAACAACAAAAAAGAGAAAAAAAGAAAAAAAAACCAAAAUAUAUGAAGAAAAAGGCAAUUUUUUGCGAUAUUUUUGUGUAUUUUUUGAAGACUGAUUUUUAAAGAUGAAAAAAAAAACAACUAAUAAGUAAAAAAAAAUACGAUUAAAAAAAAACCAUGAAUAGUGUUUGAAAAAAAGAAGCGAAAGAUGAAUUUUCUUUUUGUUUUUCUUUUUCUAUUUUAUAUAUAUAUUUGUUUUAUAUAUAUUUUUUUUUAAAAAAUAGAUUCUCUCUCAUCAGAGAGAGAGAAUAAUAAUAAUGUUUAUAAAAUAUUGAAAGAACUAAAUGUUUAACAAAAAAAAUUAAGCGUACGUGACCCCGAGUUAGAGACAAGAAAACAAACAAAAACAUUUUUUCUCCAUGUUGGAAUGACAGUGUGACAAAAAAAAAAUCAAUUGGCAUUUGAAGAAAUUUCCAAGGCCUUUCCAAUGAUAUUUUACUUUCUGUGAUUUAUUAAAUCCAGGAAUUAAAUAAUUUUCAAAUUGAAAAAUAAAGUUGAAGGAAGCUCUUUAGGUCUUUGCAAUGUUUUGGGCAUUUAAAGUGCAUUUAAAGGCCUUUCCAAUAACAAUUUAUUUUUGAAAAUCCAUUGAGAAACACAGGAGAUAUGAUUUAUUAAAUCCAGGAAUUAGAUAAUAUUUUCAAAUUGAAAAAUAAGACUGAAGGAAGCUUCCUACGUCUUUGCAAUGUUCUGGGCAUUUCAUGUGCUCUACAAGAUCUUUCCAAUGAGAAUUUAACUUUUUAAUAUUUAUUAAAUCCAGGAAUUAGAUAAUUUUCAAAUUGAAAAAUAAAGCUGAAGGAAGCCUUUUAGGUCUCAGCAAUGUUCUGGGCAUUUAAAGUGCAUUUCAAGGCCUUUCCAAUAACAAUUUAUUUUUAAAAAUCCAUCGAGAAACACAGGAGAUAUGAUUUAUUAAAUCCAGGAAUUAAAUAAUAUUUUCAAAUUGAAAAAUAAAACAGAAGGAAGCUCUUUAGGUCUUUACAAUGUUUUGGGCAUUUGAAGAGCUCUCCAAGGCCUUUCCAAUGACAUUUUAUUUUUUGAAAAUCCAUCGAGAAACACAGGAGAUAUGAUUUAUUAAAUCCAGGAAUUAGAUAAUAUUUUCAAAUUGAAAAAUAAAGCUGAAGGAAGCCUUUUAGGUCUCAGCAAUGUUCUGGGCAUUUGAAGAGCUCUCCAAGGCCUUUCCAAUGACAUUUUAUUUUUUGAAAAUCCAUCGAGAAACACAGGAGAUAUGAUUUAUUAAAUCCAGGAAUUAGAUAAUAUUUUCAAAUUGAAAAAUAAAGCUGAAGGAAGCCUUUUAGGUCUCAGCAAUGUUCUGGGCAUUUGAAGAGCUCUCCAAGGCCUUUCCAAUGACAUUUUAUUUUUUGAAAAUCCAUCGAGAAACACAGGAGAUAUGAUUUAUUAAAUCCAGGAAUUAGAUAAUAUUUUCAAAUUGAAAAAUAAAGCUGAAGGAAGCUUUUUAGGUCUUUGCAAUGUUCUGGGCAUUUCAUGUGCUCUACAAGACCUUUCCAAUAAGAAUUUAACUUUUUAAUAUUUAUUAAAUCCAGGAAUUAGAUGAUUUUCAAAUUGAAAAAUAAAGCUGAAGAAAGCCUUUUACGUCUCAGCAAUGUUCUGGGCAUUUGAAGAGCUUUUAAAGGCCUUUCCAAUGACAUUUUAUUUUUCAAAAUCCAUCGAGAAACACCGGAGAUAUGAUUUAUUAAAUCCAGGAAUUAUAUAACAUUUUCAAUUUGAAAAAUAAAGCUGAAGGAAGCCUUUUAGGUCUUUGCAAUGUUCUGGGCAUUUGAAGAGCUCUACAAGACCUUUCAAAUUAUAUUUUAAUUUUGAAAAUCCAUCAAGAAACACAGGAGAUAUGAUUUAUUAAAUCCAGGAAUUGGAUAAUUUUCAAAUUGAAAAAUAAAGCUGAAGGAAGCCUUUUAGGUCUCAGCAAUGUUCUGGGCAUUUGAAGAGCUCUCCAAGGCCUUUCCAAUGACAUUUUAUUUUUGAAAAUCCAUCGAGAAACACAGGAGAUAUGAUUUAUUAAAUCCAGGAAUUAUAUAACAUUUUCAAUUUGAAAAAUAAAGCUGAAGGAAGCUUUUUAGGUCUUUGCAAUGUUCUGAGAAUUUGAAGAGGUCUCCAAGGUCUUUCCAAUUAUACUUUAUUUUUGAAAAUCCAUUGAGAAACACAGGAGAUAUGAUUUAUUAAUCCAGGAAUUAGAUAACAUUUUCAAAUUUAAAAAUAAAGCUGAAGGAGGCCUUUUAGGCCUUUCCAAUGUUCUGAGCAUUUGAAGUGCACCCCAUGGCCUAUCCAAUGAUACUUUAUUUUUGAAAAUCCAUCGAGAAACACAGGAGAUAUGAUUUAUUAAAUCCAGGAAUUAGAUAAUAUUUUCAAAUUGAAAAAUAAAGCUGAUGGAAGCUUCCUACGUCUUUGCAGUGUUCUUAGCCUUUGAAGAGCUCUCCAAGACCUUUCUAUUUUACCAUAUUUCCUCUUAAAAUGUCAAUUGAUAUUCUAAGUCAACCUGCAAAUGGCCUUUCUUGCAAAGGCAACAACAACAAAAAAAGAAAUAAAAGAAAAGAAGUUAGAGGGAUAUUAGAACAAAAAAUGCAUAUCUAAUAUUUUUUAUCUUUAUUUUCUGUUUUUCUUUUCUUUAAACUUCUUUUAUUUUGUUUUCCCUAAAUGGAUUUAAAAAAAAAAAAGACAAUUUGACGAAGUAGAGAAGAGAAAAAAAACAGAAAAUAGAGAAUAAAAGGAAAAUAAAAAUGAUUGUGAAAUGAGAAUAGUUAAUGUUGUGUCCAAAACAAAUAAAUAAAACUUAAAAUAUAAGUUUUGAGUAAAUAAACAAAAAAAAGAAGAAACAAUUGCAAUUGAUAGAAGUUGGAAAGAACAAGGUAAGAUACAUUGCUGCUAAAUUUUUUAAAGGUUUUUUUUCUCACGUAUUCCUUGACAUCCAUUUUGUUUUUUGUAAAAGCAGCAUAACAUUCCAGAGAGAAAGAAAGAAAAAAGAACUAUACAAAAUAAAAACUAAUUAGAGCAAUUAAAUAAAAAUUUAAAAAAAAAACCUAUUUAAAAAGAAAAAGAAUGCUCAUUGUGUCCAACAAAGAUUAGAAAGCAAAGUAUUUUCUUUUCUCCUAAAAAUAAUAUUUGUGUUCUUUGGGAGUGAAUGUCAAAAGUAUGAGGUUAUGUAGGCACUUUUAUAAAGCGAAAGAAAAAAAAAGAAAAAAAAAUAGUAAUAAAAAUUAAAAAAAAACAAGUAAAAAUCAAUUGCAAAAUAAAAAAGGAAAGAACUUCCCUUCGUGUGCCAUUUCUGAGUGUCUAUCUCUCCUCAAAUUAAUAAGGAAAAUAUAGAGCCUUCCCCUUGCCCCCCUAUGCCCCGCCCCCUAAGGCUAAACCUCGAAAAAAAGACAAAAAACACAUUUUCUGGACAUAAAAUACCAUUAAAAACAACUUAAAAUUGGGGAAUUGCAUCUGUAAAUAGUUUUUUUCUCUAUGAUUCUUUUUUUUUUAAGGUUUUUCCAUCGAAGAAAACAAAAAAAAUAAAAAAUAAAAUACAUUUUUUCAAUAAAAAAACAAAAAAAAAACAUAUUUGAAAAGGAAAAGAAAAAUAGGAAAAAGAAAUCAUUGAGAAAAAUAGUUUAAGAGAGACUAAAACACAAAAAUAAAGAAUUAAAAAAAAAAGAAAA